AGGUCCAGAUGUAUGCAGGUUAGCUGUAGAUAACACGAACAUGAAAUAAUACGCUUGAAUUGGCUGAUUAACGGUGUCGUGAGUUUAGUUCGUUUGUCCUUAUUUAUAGUUAUAUACGGGUCACGCGAAUUGACAGUUAAGGCUUAGUUUGUAUAAUGACAACUUGAAAUAAAAACACUUAUUGAAAUGCACGAACCAUAAUGGAAACACAAUAUAAUGUUAAACUGACAUUGUGACAAAACAUCUAUUCUCGCAUCUCCCAACCAGACACAUCGUAACAAAACAUGCACCUUUGCAUAAAAACAUACAUUGCUGCAAAUGUCAACGUUUCCCCUGAAAAAACAUCGUAGCCGUUUUUGGCGGAUUGGCGUAUUCCUCACUCAUUGACAACCAGGACGUUAAUUGAUGUAAUGUCUCUUUAAGAUUUGUCCCGCCCUAGGUUGAAAGUUUCGCGGUCCCUCUGAUUCGAUGACAACAUGCAGUUUUGGACACAAACAGCGGUGGAGUGAGGAAGUAGUUUCCAGUUUGGACUUCACUGCAGACUAUUCCACAAAUUCGACCACCCAUUCCCGCACAGUUGACAAUGGGAUUUAUGGUACCAUUGUCCUACAACAUGUAACACAAUUACGGAAGACAGUAUGCCGUACGCCCGCGCCUCAGGCCAGUCCGGACUCGCCUCCUCACGCGAGUGACAGCGUCGGGGGCACGUCUCCGCGAUGAAGAAGAAAAAGGGCGCGAGGAGAGCGAGGUCCCCAGUGUACCCUGACACCUCCCUACACACUUUGCCCCGCGCUGAGACGACACCCCCUCGUCUAAAGAAAGGACAGGAUGGAGAGCGAAAGAAAGUCAGAAGAUGAUAGGAGCGAGGAGGCAGAGGAGGCAGAGGAGGAAGGGAGGCGGUGUGGGGGAAAGAACAACAGCAGCGAGGGAGCAAGAAGCCGGGAACAGGGACAAGACGAAAGCGAGCGGACGGCCAAGGUGGGACGCAUGACUAUUCAGUUCCCGAAUGGAGAGGGCCUAUCCGUCAUGGAUGCCUCCGGCAGAGGAGAUGGGGGGGUGGCCGUCAUGGAUGCCCCCGGCCGAGGGGAUGGGGGGGUGGGGGUGCACACAGACACGUAUGGAGGGAGGACACCGGAGCACCGCCUGGACAAACACCUGGAUCACCUCAGCCUGGGAGAGACUGAUGCUGCUGUUGCCCAUGGAAACGGACACUGUACGGCAGACGAUGAGGAUGUUGAUGCUGCAUCUCUCUCGCGCCCACCGUCCGACACCUGGGCGCCACCCAACUCUGAAACGCCGUCCUCCUUCUCCCCAAACCUCAUCCCUUCUUUCCCUCUCUCCUCCUCCUUCUCCCCAAACCUCAUCCCUUCUUUCCCUCUCUCCUCCUCCUCCCCAAACCUCAUCCCUUCUUUCCCUCGCUCCUCCUCCUCCUCCGGCUCCUCUUUAUCCAUCACUCCAUCUGCGGCCCCCUCCCUCUCGCCCCCGCUGCCGGAGGGCACGGAGGCGGGGGUGCUGCUGGCGGGGGCACGCCUGGCGCUGGAUGUGUAUAAGGGGGGUGCGGGGGCGCUGCCCAGCCUGUGGGAGGGGCACCAGGAGCAGCUGAGGGAGGUGCAGUACCUCCGACUGGGCUCGGAAGACCAGGGGGCGCUAGAGGGGGUGCUUGUUGUGCUGCCCAAACUCACACGGCUACGCUCGCUAGCCAUCAGAGGUCAUCGUUUCCAUGACAGCGAGGGCGCCCCUCUCCCAGGCCUCCUCUCCUCUCUCCCUUCGUCAUCGCUCUCCUCCCUCUCUCUCCUCGUGCACCUCGACCUCUCCUUCAACCGGCUGUCGGCGCUGCCCGUGUGCGUGCUCUCGCUGCGGGCGCUGGCGGAGCUGGUGCUGUGCUGUAACCGCAUCGCCACGCUGCCCGGGGAGAUGGGCGCGCUGGCAUCAUCCCUGCGGAGGCUGGACCUCCUGGGCAACCGGCUCGCCUCGCUGCCCCCCGCGCUGGGCAGGCUCCAGGGGCUGCUCGUGCUGGACGUGUCGGCCAAUCAGCUGCUGGCGCUGCCUGACGAGCUGGGCGAGAUGAGCAGCCUGAGAACGCUGGAGCUGUCACAGAACCGCCUGAGGGAGCUGCCAACAAGCCUGGGUUCUCUUUCGUCUCUCAGGCAGCUGGUUGUCCAUAGUAACAACCUGCGGAGUAUUCCGGAAUGUGUACGCGCCCUCCCUAACCUCUCACUGGACCUGCGGAACAAUCCCAUUGGCCGCCCCCCCACGCCUCCACCUCUUCCCCCCAACCCUCCAGCUCAGGAAGACACUGCACUACCCGAACUGCACUUAGGAAUAAACCAGCACAGGUUCACUGUGACCACAGAUGGGUGUCACGUCUUCAUCCCGGGGGGGGCGGAGCUCCUGUUUCCACGGCGAUGUGUGGCCUCUGUUACCAGGCUGAAGUGGGUGGAGCAUAGACUGGACAAGAAGUGGGUGUGGUUAGAAGAACACGACUUCCUGCUGAGUCGCCCACUAGAGCUCCUCCCACAUAGCAUCUCCUUCAAGAGGCCAGUGGAGGUGUGUGUUCCCUAUCGGCGGGUGCACCAGAGGGAGGUGGUGGUGCGCAAGUUUGACGGGCAGCAGUGGAGCACACUACCCACUCUCACCAGGAGGGGGAGCCAGAGACACAGCAGCCAGCCUAGAGGACGCCCAGCACGGUUGGCCUGCUGCAGUGUGAGGGAGUUCUCCUGGUUCGUUGCCGUGGCGAGGCUGGUGAGUGACAGUUGCUCUGUCCCUCCAGAGGGGGCGCUGCUGGUGUCGCGUGUCGAUCCGGGCAUCAAACUCAGGUUCCCCCCCGAGGCCACCACACACACACGCAUCGUCACACUGCAGGUCCUGCAGGUGGCGCUGUCUGAGGUGCAGGUGUUGAGCGGAGACCUCGAGGCUUGUGCCUCCCCCCUGCUGUGUCUCUCCCAGACUCCCAGCAUGCCCUUCCUCCAGCCAAUCAGAGUGCAGGUUCCCCUCCCACCCGGUCUCACUGGUCACAUGGUGGACAUGUCCAGACUGCACCUGCUGCACAGAGACUCUGCUUCAUACACCUGGAGUGACAUCACAGCACAGGUGUCCCUACAGAUCACACAGCUCUACGCCAUCUUCACCAUCACACACUUCUCCUGGUACUGGCUGUGGUACUCUACUCAGAAGUGUAUCAGUGGCGUGGUGCGUAAGGUCUAUCACAGGCUUAAGCAGUUCCGUGUUCAGUUUCUUGCCCAGCAGAAGAAAAGUGACCCUCUACAGGUGCUGUUACAGUGCCUUCCUGCCUGCAAGGUGGACGGCAGACUGGAGGCUCUGUGUGAUGUGUAUGACGGGCCGCAGCCCUCGGAUGUGUGUGACCUUCUGGAAGGGGAGCAGUUUUUCGCAGGCUUCGAGAGAGGCAUCGACAUCAACGCAGACCGUCCUGACUGCAUGGAGGGCCGUCUGGCCUUUGUGUUCUACUCCCACCUGAAGAACCUGAAGGAGGUGUUCAUCUGCCCCAGCACGGGGCAGCAGGGGCCCACCAGGGGGCAGGUGUCGUUCUACAGAGGCGAGGUGCCCAGUGAUGUGCCUGUGGAGGUGCAGGUGAAGAGGAAAGGUCAUGACAGCCAGUGGAUGGCCACCCUGCCCAUCAGACUCCCGGGCCCAGGUUGCGAGGGCAGCAGUGUGUUUGCGGAGCGGGAGUACCCGCCUCUGAACCUGGGCGACCCGGAGAGCGGGUACCUGACUGAGACCAACCUCCGAGCAAUCUCUGAUCGCAUCGGGCUCGACUGGCGCAACAUUGGCAUGAACCUGGGCAUCAGCUACUACAAGCUGGAACAGAUGCAGAACGAUCACAGUCAUGACUUGGGCGGUCUGAUUCUGAAGAUGCUCUUCCACUGGGCUCGUGCUCAGCAGAGUGAGGGGGCGGUGCCUCGGUUGAUUGACGCGAUGCAGGAGAGCGGGAGGCGGGACCUGGCAGAGGAAGUGAAGGAGAUCGUGAGCGUGGGGAAGAGGAAGUACCAGGCAUCUCUGAAGAGGGUGGGGCUUCAGGAGGAGCCGCCCCCCGUCAGCCAAUCAGAGACCUCUGCGUGACAGAGAAAUACGGGCCCUCCUCUCUCCUUCUCCCUCAUCCCUCUUGUCCUUUUCAUCCUUCCCUCGUUCCUUUCUUCUGUCCUCUCUUCUUACUCUCCCUCCUCUCUCCUUCUCCCUCAUCCUUCUUGUCCUGUCCCCUCUCCACUCCUCUCCUUUCCUCUCCCUCCUCUCUCCUCUCCUCUGUCCCCUCUCUUCUCUUCUCAAAUUCCUUUUGGAAUUUUGCUCCCCUCUCCUACUCCCCCCUUCCUUUUCCGCCUCCUCUCUCUACCCUAUUCCUCUCCUGUAGUCUCUCUCCUCCUCUCCUCCUCUCUUCCCCUCUUUCUCUGUGUGACAGAUGGCAGCUCAGUACCCUGAUGCCCCUGUGCCUUCUCUAGACUGGAUGUGAUGCCCCUGUGCCCUCUCUAGUGAUGCCCCUGUGCCCUCUCUGGCUACAGGAUGUGAUGUCAGAUUAGGAGCACACUGGCUACAGGAUGUGAUGUCAGAUUAGGAGCCCACUGGCUACAGGAUGUGAUGUCAGAUUAGGAGCACACUGGCUACAGGGCACACUGGCUACAGGAUGUGAUGUCAGAUUAGGAGCACACUGGCUACAGGGCACACUGGCUACAGGAUGUGAUGUCAGAUUAGGAGCACACUGGCUACAGGAUGUGAUGUCAGAUUAGGAGCACACUGGCUACAGGGCACACUGGCUACAGGAUGUGAUGUCAGAUUAGGAGCACACUGGCUACAGGAUGUGAUGUCAGAUUAGGAGCCCACUGGCUACAGGAUGUGAUGUCACAUUAGGAGCACACUGGCUACUGGAUAGAGCCUCCUUGGGAUAAUACUUCCUGUCUCCUGACCUCAGGCCAUAGAAGGGGCCUGCAAGACUCUGUGAAUAUGUGGGGAAUACUAUGUAUGUAUGUAUGUAUGUAUGUAUGUAUGUAUGUAUGUAUGUAUGUAUGUGUGUGAAAUACUAUGUAUGUAUGUAUGUAUGUGUGUAUGUAUGUGUAUAUGUGUGUGUGUGCACUUGUAUAAGAAAGUGAAAAUGUGAAUAGAUGUCAAACUGCACACACUGCUGGUGUUACACGAGUGUGUGUGUCACAACAUGAGCUGGUCAUCAACACACUGGCCUCGACAGUGUUUUUAACACUAUUAUUGUUUCAAUGGAGAAUAAAACCGCCCUUUUUCUGGUCGGUUGACAACUAAUAUUUAUUCAUAUUUGUGUGUGAGGGUCACUAUGAAUUUUCUGUGUGUAACAGAGCAGUUGUUUCUGUGAAUUAUAACGGAAUUAAAUUGUUCCUGUCGUGAAAGCC